AUGAAGAACGUCUUGUAUAUAGUUGAAAAUUAUAAAGAUAUGGCAAUGUCACAAAUGAUACAUUGUGAAACAAAUUCAAAUUUUUUUGCAAGUAUGAAAAAAUAUAUGAAGGUAUCAGAAGAAAUAUUCAUUCCUGAUAUUCUUGGAUUACGUGAUCCUAAUAUUAUUUAUAAUUUACAAACUAGAGUUAAUUCAAUUUAUCCAAGCAUUUUUAAUACUCCUUCUAUAUUAACAAAACUCAAAAUCACAAAAUUGACUACUACCAUGCAAAAAAGUAUUGAAAUCAAAGAACUGGGUAUGCAUUUAUCUCCAGAAGCAACUUUAGCACUUGCAGUUGAAUAUGAAUCAUUGAAAAAAAUAGGUGAUGCGUCAC